CAAUGAGCAUGUGAGAGGAACCCCACCCUGGAAAACGCAUCUGGCUGAAACGCCUGUUCCUUCCAAAUUGGAAGUGGAAAACAAGCUUUCCUGCUUUUUCAACUCCCAAGUGGUUUCUUAAUUUUGAAUGAACUAGUGGAAUAAACGGAGAAGAAUAUAUUCUCUCGCUGAACUGCAGAAGAGGCCACUGCUGUCAGAAGCUGGUUUAGCACUUUAAACUCCGGUUCCAGGUGCUUAAGUGUCAAGAUGGCGAGCGUGCUGUCCAGACGCCUGGGGAAGCGCUCCCUGCUGGGUGCCCGCGUUUCCACGCCCAGCUCCUUGGCAGAUAGGAUGCUGGGGACGGCCCAAAUCCCCACGUUGCAGGCGGAGGUCAGCAGAGUGUCUUCCCACCUGGCUUCGUGUGAGGGUGGUCGGUGCACGGAGCAGGCAGAGGAGAGCAGCACGAAUCCCAGCUUCCCAAACCUGAACCGCUUACAGCUCCACCCAGGACAAAGAGUUUACGUCACCUAUAACGGGCAGGAGUGCACUGGCCUGGUAGAGCAACACAAUCAGCUGAGCGAUGAGGUGAAGGUGCUGCUCCUGGAGCAAGGACUGCACACCUGCUGGAAGACAGAGGAUGUGAGACUGGCUCAGAUGCAAAGAUCGCCGCCCCCUACCCUUCCGAUGGACCAUAGUCCUGCCAAUGGAUCAGUUCAGAGAUCGGUUUCUAGGAAUAUUGAUGUACCUAAAAGGAAGUCCGAUGCGGCUGUGGAAAUGGACGAGAUGAUGGCAGCUAUGGUGCUGACUAGCUUGUCCUGCAGCCCUGUGGUACAGAGCCCGCCCAGCCGUGAAAGCAGCAUGCCGGUGUCCCAGGCAGCCUGCGACUCGUGGAAAGAGAGUGGUGACGUUUCAGACAGCGGCAGCAGCACCACCAGUGGUCACUGGAGUGGCGGAAGCGACAUCUCCACCCCAUCACCCCCGCAUCCUGAAGCCAGCCCCAAGUACUCGAGCGAGGCCUUGAGCUCCCCUCAGGCUGACGAUGGCUUUGAGACAGACUCGGAUCCCUUUCUUCUUGAUGAGCCUGCCCCAAGAAAGAGAAAGAACUCGGUGAAGGUGAUGUACAAGUGCCUGUGGCCAAACUGUGGUAAAGUCCUGCGAUCCAUUGUCGGUAUCAAGCGUCACAUCAAGACCCAGCACCUUGGAGAUGGCACAGACUCUGACCAGCGGAGGAGGGAGGAAGACUUCUACUACACCGAAGUGCAGGUGAAAGAAGAAGCUGCUCCAGAGUCUGCCACCAGCCCCACCUUUGGGUCCUCACCCAUUGUCAUCCAGCAGGCCCUAGCCAAGCCAGAGGCUUUGGCUUUGGACCAGGCAACCUUGGAGUCUCACCUCCCAAACAGUGCCCUCAGUCAGUCUGCCCCCAGUUCCUUCUGGCACAUCCAGGCAGAUCAUGCCUAUCAGGCCUUACCGUCAAUUCAGAUUCCGGUGUCACCACACAUAUUCACCAGCAUCAGCUGGGCUGCUGCCACCUCCACCAUCCCUUCUCUCUCCCCAGUUCGAAGCAGAUCACUGAGCUUCAGUGAACACCAACAGCCAGCACCAAUGCUGAAGUCGCACCUGAUUGUUGCAUCUCCUCCCAGGGCUCCCAGUGGCACCAGAAAAGUCCGUGGCGAAGCCAAGAAAUGCCGUAAAGUGUAUGGAAUUGAGCACCGAGACCAGUGGUGCACGGCCUGCCGGUGGAAAAAGGCCUGCCAGCGAUUCCUGGACUGAGCACAUGAACAUUUCAGGAGUAUUGAAUUUCUCUCUCUUUCUCUCAGCUGAGAGCACCCAAAGUUGGUCAUUGCUGCAACCAGGGCACAGCAAACUUGGAGGUAUCUAUCUCCUGUGGCUUCAGCAGAGAUCUCAAGAGCUGUGUGUAAAUUCCAAGUUCUGUAUAUUGUAUGUCAGCUGGAUUUAUUAAUCUUUUACACUUUCUGUGGGUUUUUUACAAAUUAAAAAAAAAAGUCCUCCUAUUUUAUAGUAAAAAUAGGGAGGGAAAGAAAGAAAGCUGGUUGCUUGGUAUUCACAGCAGACUUGUUGUUUGGUGGUCCAGGGACCAAAGAACUUUUUACUGAUCUCCCAGCUCAACAGUAAAGUCUACUGAACUUUCAGGUCAGUAGCUGGAAUAAGGAGGUGAGGAUCAUCUCUCUCUGUUACUUGACUGGCUAGAAAGCUCAAAGUCUGCUGUUGUUUAAAGGGCACUGUCAGAAUAACAAUCAUAGUUUAAAAAAGGAAAAUGAUGUUCAUGUUUUACUAGUAACACCUUAAAUUAUUGGAAUGGGAGGAUUUAAAGUUCUUCCUUUGCUUUUUACCAAUGAUACUGUGUUUACUUUUUACACCUCUCAGCUCUGACAUUAAAGCUGAACUUGCUAUGUCUCUGGUCAGUUUCACUUCCUGGUAUUUAUGUGUUCUGAUACAGCUGCAUCAGCAAUGUUGAAAUCUUAAAAUAUACAUCGUACACAUAUUUUUAUCUUUUAAUUAAAAACAAUUUUUUUAAAAACAAAACUAAUUUUUUUGUUUAUCUUAGAUUCAUGAAAACAAUGUAGUUCUUUGAAAAACACAUUUUUUGGGUCUCAGUGUCUCUUUAACCUACAGGGAAUGAGUCUUUAUUUUGAAACCUGAUGUAGCUUUCUGCGAAGUUGGCAGGAUCAAUAUUGUUAACCCAAGAGGACUAGAAAGGGUGGACAUACAAAAAUUUAGGCCCCAAUUCAGCAAAAUGCUUACAUACAUUUUUACAUUAUGUUGAAAUCAAUGGGACUAAAGUACAUGCUGAAUGAAUUGGGAUUACUUGCAUGCUUAAAGAUAAGCACAUGCUUAUGUCAUUUGCUGAAUCAGCGUCAUAAAUAUGUAUGUUACGAAAUCCUGAAUUGUGAAAGAUGUCUGAACCCAGCUUUCUGGCUUUCAUUUUUUAAAAAUUCAUAUUCUCUUUACAUGAUUCAAAUGUUUCUGGUUUGAUCUGUUGUGUACAGUUUACUGUCCUCUGGGGGUAGAAUUUGUCCCUGUUUGCCUGAUUCUCACUUAUAGCAGUGUAACUUCAUUGGAGUUACUCCUGACUUGCACAGGUUUAAUUAAGAGAAGAAUCAAGCCUGAGGAGUCUUUCUGGAAUUGCGGGGGGGGGGGGGGGGAGCUGGGGGGAAAGAUCAAAGGUUCCAGAGGCCCCUCUGAUUUUGGAGAAGUGCACCAUUUAAUCCACCACCAGCAGUCAGGUCUAAUUUUUAUUGGUUUUGGUCUUUGCUCUCAUGACUGGGCACUUCCUACAUGUGGCUGAUCAAUCUACUGGCUGAGCUGUGAAAACCAAUUGGCAGUAAGUGCAGUCCAGCAACAAUACAAGCACACACAUUGCAGCUGCUGUGAGGAACAGCAGAGUGCAUCCCAUGGCACAAUGAGCUGUCCUGUGGAAACUUGGCCCUGCAUGGACGGGGCCCUGGCAACCAGGUUGCUAAUGUCAGUGUCUCUGUCCAUCUCACUGUGUGACCUUGGAAUACAAAGGCAAAGAAUUUUGUUCUAUACGUCCCCAUUUUGUGUCUUGGGGAGUAAGUGGUGUUUCCAUCAUUGAACCCAGUACAGUAUGCGAUGGUAGCAGUGCAGGUUGAGUGGGACACUGCCCUCAGAGGAUGCCAUUUUGAUCGUGUUGAACUCAGUGAGUCUCACAGAAGUGCUGUGUCACAGUCUCUAAGGAGCCAUGGUUUCUCUUAACAGGGCAAGGAAUGCCCCUGUCACUAAAGCCAUUCAAGUGCUACACUCUGUUGUGCAGAGAAUCCUGGUGCUGUGAAGUCUGGUUUGUUUGUAAAUACAAAAUGGCAGCUACACACGAGCCAUGUGGUCCAUGUUGUGCAUAACUCGGCUGCAGUCAGAGUUGAGGGUUUUGUAUUAAUGGGAGUGGGUGGGAAGGGGAUCAUUGGACUUUUUGCUGCGUUUUUGAUAAUCAUAGGCCAUAAACUGCAGAGCUCAACCCAUGGGCAAGGCAGAAACAAGCCUGUUGUAUUUUUAAGGACCAUAGGAUUGACUACACUUUCUUUGUAAAAACAAUUCAUGUGACCAGGAGGGUGUUGUUUUUCUCCUGGAUCAACGUGAGUCUGGUUGAUAAAGGGGCAGGUGGUGCAGUCAAAGGGGGUUAUAUAUGAGGGUGCUUGUUGGUAUUUUUUUGUAAUUUUGUACAUUAUAUUCAGUAUAUUGUUUUAGAACCCAGUCUUCUGCUCGCUGUUAAAUAGGUGGUUGCCAAAUUGGCCUACAGGAAGCAGGAACAAAGUGAGUGUGUCUCUCUAUUUGUUUGUUUUUUACCUAGUCCACUGGUUCUGAGCCAAUGGAAUCAGCUAGGUCUGAUUCAUUAGGGUCCGGUUCUCUAGCUGCGUCCAUGUGGGUCUGAUGCAAAGUCCAUUGAGUCUUUCAGUUGACUUCAGUGACUGCAGUUUAGACACUUUAUGAAGGAAGGAGUUCAUAAGAGGCCCUCUCUUACACUUUAGUCCCUCCACUGUGACUCUCUUACUCUGAUGACCACCAUAAAGAGCUAGCAGUUUGAGAUCCACUGUCUUAGUCUGAUGUGAGAAAUGUGGAUUAUGAAAGCAGACAAGUUGCUGAACUGUUCUAUAUAGGCGACCUUUAAAGGAAUACUGCAAUGAUUUGUCAUAACAGGUGUUAUAAUACCUCCCUGGGGCUUAAUAUUUUACUAUAUACUGGAAAGGAAUGAAAUUUCAAAAGAGAUUUCAGACAUAGUGGUUGCUCUGCCUAAAAAGUACCAUUCAGAGAAAGGGGUUGAUAGUCAGUUGGGGCUGCCAUUUUCAUGGUGAAGAAUUGUGCUUCCUAGCAGCCAGGGUACUACUUGAACCCCUCACAGGACAUAGUUGAAAAUUGGGCCAUUCUAAAAUAUAUUCUAUUUAUUCUUAUAUGUUUCAAUUUAAAAAAACAAUGUAAAAACCUCCCAAACCUUCAAAACAGUCUAAUUUCCAGCUGUUUUUACUUGACUUGAAUUUGCUGAAUCCUAACCUGCCAGUGCACCUUUCUGUUUGUUAAUAAUUUGUCUUUAUUGUAUUUCAGGCACUAGGAGCCUACUCUUGCAGUGCUUGUUUGAGUACUCCCAGUGACCUCAGCACUGCAGUGGGACUACUCAUAUGAGAAAGGACUGCGGAAUUGCAUACAUAACUCUUAAAUGCAGUGGUUAAACUGUCUCUUGGGUUACACUGCAGUUUUCCUUUAAGGCUGGCACCUGUGCCCGUUGAUAAAAUUACAAAAGUAAACCUCUUGUCUCCCAGUUUGAACUCUUGAAUUCCUGGCUCUGCUGUUUAAGGUUUUCAUCCCUCAUUACUGUAGUAUCUGAGCACCUCGUAAUCUUUAAUGUAUUUUUUCUCACAACACCUCUGUGAGGUAGAGUAGUGCUAGUGUUCCUAUGUUAUAGGUAAGGAAUUGAGAUACUGAGAGCCAGAUUUCUAAAUGUUAGAUGCCUGUUAUGGGGCUCACCGUCCCAGAGCGCUCCCUUGUGGCGUUGUUGUCUCUCACCAUCGUGGAGUGCCCUCUUGUGGUGGUGUCAUCUCUCUCAAGUCGUGGGGUACUUGGACCUCUGACUACCUCCCUCUAGAGUCCCACCCCUUUUGGGGCAUGUGUCCUUAAUGUCCUUCAUCAGUAUUAAAACAAACAUAGUGAACCAAAAAGUCUUCUGCCCCACCUGGGGUCUUCAGUUCCAGUCUCUUCACCGAGUGACAGUAAGUGAAACAGUAACAGCAACUCACUUCCAAGCCCUAUGAGUUUGAGAUUUCAGUCUCUCUUCCAGUUCCCUUUAGUCCUCUGACUUAUUGUCAGGAUACUGACCUGCAGGGCUCCAAGUCCUCUUCUCUCCCCUUCCCCGGGGAGCGGGGAGGGGGCAUGGCUAUAGUUAAUUGUGGCUUCUGCAGUUUAUUCUGCUUUUCCACCUGUCACAAAUCUGGUCACCUCACCAGAUGCUAUGAUCAACCUUUUUGAUCCCCAGAUGUUCCAAUCUUGAGAUUCCUAUGCAUACUCUUGGAGGACAGAUCCUCUAACACUACCUCGGGAGAGCUGUGACCUCGCCAUCCACUACCCAGCGCCUGGAACAAAUGCUGAGACACCAUAGACUCCCCUUGUAGCUUAAAGAUCCCCUCUCCCAAAACCGCACCAAAAAUAUGAGCCUUCUGGGUUACCGUUCAACUCUCUCAGGGGACACAUAGAAGUUGUGACACAUAAUAGACACUUUGCCCAGAGUUCUAGAACGCUGUUGCUCUUUACUGAAUCAUACAAGAAAUACACAGUUCCAUACAAAAAUAAUAAAACCUAUGCUCAUAUCUCUGCCUCGGUUCUUCACCAGGGCAUUUUUUGGGCUGGGGUCAGAGCCUCUGGGGCCAACCAGGUCUUUCUGCUGUGGACCCGUGGGUUCUGAAACCUGGAGUCUUCUCACAGCUCAGUUACUAGUACUUUCACCUUGGCUGAUCCAUGUCUUUCCUUCUUUCUUCCCAAACGUCCUGUGUCUCUCAAUCUUCUCCUGACCCACCCAACCUCUGUGUUUUUUAAAGGCUAGCAUUAACACCUAGGUAUCUUUUGUUCUGCUUGGUAACUUUCCGCUCUCCACUUCUUGUUCCUUCCUUCAGAGAGGUAGAGUAAAACUGUUCGGGUUUAUUUUUUUCCCCUCUAGGCCUAAACUCACCCACUGUUCCAUGAUGUUAUCACUUAAUAAGUUCUAAGGACCUUCUGUUGUAUCUGGUCUACUAAGAGGAUGUGAUACAGCUCUGCUUAGCCCAUAGUGGAUAUGCAUAGCUGGAGGAGCAUUUGUGAUGCAGCAUUUUUCAUGGCAACCACUUCAUAGUAACUUUGUAGUAUCAACUAGAAGUUGCAAGUUGUACAGAUAUGGGAUGUGACAACUUGAGGUAUCUAUAUCAAGGUCCUUCUUCAGACUCUCCACCCCGGAGAGGAGUUCCACCCUGCAUUUCCUCUAAGUUCCUCUCCUCCCUACCUGGCCACGCCCUCUCCAGGUGUAACCAGUAGGGUCACUCAAGCUGUCCAGCUAUUCAUUAAAACCUUCUUUGCUGAACUUCUCCGAUCAGCGUCAGCUCAGGGCAGUUAGCCCAGGUGCAGAUCAGCUCCCCCUUAAAGGGGCCCAGGCAGCCCAUGACAUCAUCUAAUUCCCAUUGAUUUCACUGGGAGUUGGGCAUUUACAUACAUCUGAUCCAGAGAGAUUAAGGGCCAGAUUUAUAAAGAUCCAGAUAUAGGCACGUACUGGGAUUUUUCAGAAGCCCCUAAUUCAUGGGAGGGUUUGUGGUGGAGCAAGGAAUUGAACCCCCAAGUCUUUUGCAUUACAGCCUAGCACCCUAAUCGUUGGACCAUUGUGUCUUUCAGGAAGUGGAGAGUUUCAGAAAUCUUCUUAGAGAGCCUAUUUUAUGACAUUUUUAGUACAAUUUGCAGACUUCAAAUGAAGCCAUCUUAGCAGUUUACUGAUUGUAGUCUCGUCUCUCUCUCCAGCCGUGAGAUUGGAGGAACAGGACACAACUCACCCUGACCACCCUUCCCUCUCUUUCUCUGGGACUCUUGGGUCCUUCUCUUGCUUAGGACCCUGCAAUUCAUAAGGUCAAUCUGGGUCACUCAGGAAAUUAAAAUAUGCAUCCAGACUCACGGGUGCUGAUCAAACCAAUCCUAUGAGCCUCUUUAAGGUUCACCCCUCAGUAACUGGCAUUGAACAAUCAAGAGUCCUCAACCCAAACAUUUGUAUAUGUUAUAUAUAUGUUUAUUUCAAGGAUAAUUUUUUCGCUGACAGAAGAUUGGGUUUUGAAAAAAAUAACAUUUUGCUUUUGUUAAAUGUGAUUUUUUUAAAAAGUGUAAAUGACUUUGGAAUAAGCAGUCACCUAUAGAAGCAUGUGGUAUACAGUAUACCCUCGCUAAGCUGCACAAACUCUUAGGCCAGAGAGGAAUGCAGAAUCUAUCUGCUAUUGCCUGGUAUCACAGUUGUGUGUGGGAUGGGAGGAAGGUAGGCAGAAGAGAAGUAUUACACCACUAACACACACUAAAUACUGUCCACUGGCUUUUUUUCCCUAUCUUGCAGCAUCUUUGUUUGUACACAUAGCCAUCUUGCAAUGCGUGAUUCCAAAAUGAAGAGCACUUAAUCAUAAUUAAAAAAAACACAAAAUAUUCCUAUGUAAGAUAUCAGUGUUUUUUAAAAGAUUUGAAAGGGGAUGGGGGCUUAUUUUGAGGGCUUUUGCAGUACAGAUUUAAUUGGACAAAAUAGUUCUUAACAAUAUGGUGGUUGUUUUAUAUGUGGGUGGUUUUUGUUGGAACAGCUGGUGCAGGUAUUUUUUAAUUUUAUUUUUUACACUUUUUUUGUUGGCAGAAAUGACACUGCAAGAUUUUUAAAGGUGGUGGCUUUUUUUUUUUCUUCGCUUUUCUCAGCCUAAUUUUCUAACUUGCUUCCAACCACACUUGGUACACUCUACUUUUCCUUCUGUCAUUCUUGCAUAGACUGUAUGCUUUAGAGCUUUUCUAAUCUUAAGCAAGUCCCCCUCAACCUCCAAACAUUAGGUAGCCAGGACCUGUGAAUUCAGUUAAGAAACACCUCCCAUAUGCACCUGUUUGGUCUGAUUGUCUUUUUGUGCAUGUAUGUACGUAGGAACCUUUCUGCUAGGCAUUAACUGGAGUGUGUCCAGCCUACAUGUUGUGACCCUUCAUUGUUGAUGGGAGAUUGGACCCCUAAAAGAAGCAAAGCAGUUGUGUGAAGUUCAGCACCUGGUGACCCCCCCCCCCCACUCUGUCACUCUACACCCCCAUUGGAUUAAAGAAAUGGGAAGUCUUCAGGUAGAUACACAAAGCUAGGGGAGGGUGUAACUUGGUUUUUUUUGUGGAGUUAUGGGAUAUGAGAAAGUGUGGAAAGGAUGGGACAUUUGUUGCCAAUAACUGCUCUUUGGCAUGCUAUUCAGCUUAAUGGGGAUAUGCCGUAUCAGUGAAUUUCUGUCUCAUUGGAGCUUUUUUCAGCUGUCUUCCAAGUAUUAUUUUUUAUUGUAAUAAAAUAAAAAUGUGAAAUGUAAUUUUUACAGCAGCAAUAUAAAAUAUAUUUUAUAAGAAAUAAAAUGAAAAGUUGCCUGAUA